AAGAAUUACUAUCACCAGUGUGUUUCAUUAUUGAUGGAUCGAGAGUUGUUUGAAAAUGCCCAAAGUUGGAGCUACCAUUUCGGUUUCUACAACAGUUCUAUGCCAUAUUUGAGUCUCCUCUACGGGAAGUUGACGGAAGAAGAAAGGAAAAAAGCUGGAGAAAUUGUUAAUGUUCUCGACGAGAGCAUUACUAGCUUGACCUUCCCCAUAACUCACUUUGCAUUGUAUGAAACAGACUACGAUGACAGAUCUCUGAAAUCUUGGAUCAAGAUUGCUGAAAUCGGUCGUUAGACAAGCUCUCCGGUU